UCUUUAGCUUUCACAUCCCAAAACUUCAAAAUCAUUUCUUCUUCUGAGAGAAGGAAAAGAAAUAGCUAAAAUGGCUGCUUCAUCACCUUUUAACCCAAAAUCCCAAUACCAUGUCAGAUCCAAUAGUUUGCCAACCAGACCACACCCACUUAUUCAACUAUGCAAUACCCAUUUGUGCAGAUUGGGAGCUUCUGAUGGUACUUCUUCAACAUCAUCAUCAUCUUCCUCUAUUAGCCACAAGCUAAGUGGUCUUGAGGAUUUGCAUGAUUGUGUUGAUAAGUUGCUGCUUUUGCCCCUCACUCAGAAGGCCUUCGUCCAAGGGCGCAACGAGAAAUGGGUGGACGAACUUUUGGAUGGAUCUCUUAGGCUUUUGGAUGCGUGUAGUGCAGCCAAGGAUGCUGUUCUACACACCAAGGAAUGUGCUCGAGAAGUUCAAUCCAUUAUUCGUACGAGACGGGGAGGUGAAGGUGGUCUUGUAAGUGAGGUGAGGAAAUACUUAGCCUCAAGGAAGGUGAUGAAGAAGGCUGUCUCUAAGGCCUUGGGGAAUGUGAAGGGUGUUCGAACAAAAUGCUCAGUUUCGAGCAAAGACAACGAAACUGUGGCGUUGGUUGGUGUUUUGAGAGAGGUAGAAGCUGUUACUCUUGCAGUGUUCGAGUCCUUGUUGUCCUUCACUUCUGGAACAAAGGCAGGAUCUAAGCUGAGUGGAUGGUCUUUGGUUUCCAACCUAGUGAUGAACAGCAAGAAAGUUGGUUGCGACGAAGAAGAAACAGAUGCAAAUGAAUUUGCAAAGGUUGAUGCUGCAUUGCAAAGCCUGUUAUGUUAUGAUACAGAAAAAUCUGAGCAGUACAACCCGCAAGUUGAGAAUGUGAGAAGUGAGUUGCAGAAACUCGAGUUGUGUGUUCAAGAUCUCGAAGGAAGAUUAGAGUACAUCUUCAGGCGUUUGAUCAAAAUCAGAGUUUCCCUUCUCAACAUCCUCAACAACUAG